GGGCUCUGAUGUGAAGGAGACUCCGAUGUGAAGGGGAGCUCUGAUGUGAAGGGGGGCACUGAUGUGAAGUCAUGAGGGGGCUGCACCAGGGGCGGACUGACAACUCACGGGGCCCCCAGGCAAUAGGGGAUCAUGGGGCCCCUGCGUCCUUGCCCAACUCAAAAACGCCUAUGAAAAAAGGUACCAGGGGCAUCUCAUGGGGCCCCCUACUGACCCCGGGCCCUCAGGCAGUGCCCGAGUUUCCAAAUGGUCAGUCCGCCCCUGCGCAGCACUUA